AUGGGCAACAACCACUCCUCUUCCGUAGACAUGUACCCUCAGCCUGUACCUGUCUCCAUCCCUCGCUCCCACUCGCACCCCAAGUCGCACCCGCAACCCCACCCGCACCCGCACCCGCACCCGCACCCGCACCAGCACCAGCACGUCCACCCACCCCGUCUCUCUCGCAAACGCUCUGCAUUCACCCUCGGCUGCACCUCAGCGUCCGCAUUCGACGACGAGCCCCCCCACAUCCCAUACCCUGUCCCCAUCAAAGGCUGCGACCGUGCCUCCCUCACCACCACAUCCUCCUCCGAGCGCGACCUGUCCGACAACGAGAAGCUCGGUGCCCACACCCCGCACCAGGCCCUGCACAGGAAGCGCUCGUUCGACCCGCCUCCUUUGUAUGCCCUCUCUACCUCGACUGCAGAACUGCUCGACGACCGCCCCGCCGCCGCCUACCGCAACUUCCUCAAGGUGUAUCCCGAAUACCAGCUGACCUGGAUCCUGGACAUCCUCCGGCGCACCGACUUCUCGCGCCUGGACCGGUCUGGCGAGACGUACGUGGACUACAUGGGUGGGUCGCUCUACCCCGAGAGCCUCAUCCGGGUCCACACUGGGUUCCUGCAGCGGAACGUGCUCGGGAACACGCACAGCGUCAGCAACGCAUCACGUAUGUCCUCUGUCUGCGCAGAAGAAGCGCGUGCUGCCGUCCUGUCUUUCUUCCGUGCACCUCCGGGGUAUACUGUUGUCUUCACGGCAAACGCCACCGGUGCACUCAAGCUAGUCGGUGAAGCAUUCCCGUUCUCAGCAGGGGGUGCGCUCGUACUCGCAGCGGACUCGCACAAUAGUGUGCACGGUCUCCGCCAGUUCGCCCGUUCGAAAGGUGCUGACGUGCACUAUAUCGAUGCCCUGGAGAGGGGCGGCGUUGAUGUGAAUGAAACAAAGGAGAUUCUCACUCGACACCAUCCGCGCCACCGCAAGUCACCCCCGUCGCUCUUUGCGCUUACCGGACAAUCGAACAUCUCGAACACCAAGAACUCGCUUUCCCUCCUUGCCCACGCCUCAUCGUUAGGAUACUGCACACUUCUCGACGCAGCCGCGCUUGCGCCGACGUCGGUGUUCAACCUCGCCGAGACGCCUGUUGAUGCGCUCGCCGUGAGCUUUUACAAGAUGUUCGGAUUCCCUACGGGCGUCGGUGCGCUCAUUGUGCGAGAGAGCGUGCUCGAGCGGCUAGAGCGGCCAUGGUUUGCCGGUGGGACCGUGGAUGUGGUUCAGGCCCCGGGUAACGUGGUCACCAUGAAAGAUGACCUGAGGGAGCGCUUCGAGGAUGGAACUAUCAACUAUCUGAAUCUGCCUGCGAUCACGGAUGGCUUGCGCUUCCUCUCGGCGUACCUCCCCUUCCUUCCCCUUCGCCUCUCGUGCCUCAUGCACUACCUCACUGGCUCCCUCGACGAGCUUCGACACGAAGGCUCGGACGCGCCUGUCGUGCGCCUUCUUUCCCGUCUUCCAACAAAACGGCUGCGAGCAGUCGGCGAGCAGAGCGACACCGGUUCUGUCGUCUCGCUUAUCUUCCUCUUCCCCUCCGGCGAGAUGAUUCCCAACUCGUUCAUCGAAUAUGCCGCCGCACAACAAAAUAUUUCCUUACGCACGGGGUGUAUGUGCAACCCUGGCGGCGCCGCGGCGCUCCUCGGUCUGCAGGACGCCAUGGCUGCCCUUCCACAUGAUGCGUCGCUGCACGCGUUCGAGGCACAUAUGGGCCGCGAGCUCGGCGUCGUACGGAUAUCGCUCGGGCUUGCGAGCGACUUCCAGGACUGCUGGCGGGUCGUGCGGUUUGCGGAGAGCAUGGGCUCCGCGAGUGAGCGAGGGCGGAUGUGGGACGAGUGGCUCGCGCGGCGGCAGUCUGGCGAUUCGCACCACUGA